GGAAAUUAGACUGCGCGUUAACAUAUCCAACCUUGACUCAAUAGCGCUAAGCCUUAUCAACAAUUUCACUAUUUGGAUCAGCCAAUGGAGACAAGACUGACCCCAUCCACCCACAACAUCACUGGCUAUAAAUAUCGAGCUGUGAUUGUCUCGUUAAUUAUCCUGCCUAGCCGAGUUUAGUCGGAAUGUCUAAAGUUAAGGUUGGAAUUAUUGGGGGUUCUGGAUUCGAUGACCCAAAUUUAUUCAAAAAAGUAGGAGUGCGACAAGUGACUACUCCGUUUGGAAAGCCGUCAGAUGCUCUUAUCGAAGGUUUUGUUGGAGAUGUUGCAUGUGUUGUGCUUCCCAGACAUGGUAAAGGACACUUAAUUCCGCCCAGCGAAGUCAACUAUCGCGCCAACGUUUGGGCGUUGAGAGAUCUCGGGUGUACUCAUAUAUUAGCUACCAACGCUUGUGGUAGUCUACAGGAGGACUUAGUACCUGGAGAUUUCGUUGUUCUCAAUCAGUUUUUGGAUAAAACUUGGGGUCGUGAAAAUACGUUUUAUGGAAGUAAACCUGAUUCAUUGAAAGGAGUCUUACAUAUGCCGAUGGCAGAACCAUUUUGUGAAAAAACACGUCAGAUGUUAAUCCAAGCGGCCAAAAAUAAAUCAAUAAAUGUUUAUGACAAAAAAACUAUGGAUAAAUCCGCCUGUAUUCAUCCAUGUGUACAUACUGAAGGUUCUGCAGUAACUAUCAAUGGUCCACGUUUUUCAACUCGUUGCGAAUCAUUUGUUCAUAAGGCAAUGGGAUUGGAUAUAGUUAACAUGACAUUAGUUCCUGAAGUUUCAUUGGCUCGUGAAGCUGGUUUAAGUUAUGCUUCUAUAGCAAUUGUUACAGAUUUUGAUUGUUGGAAAGCAGAUGAGGAACAUGUCUGUGUUGAUAUGGUUUUGGAACAGUUUCGCAAAAGUAUUGUUCACGUUAGAGAAAUUCUAUUAGAGGCUGUGGCAUUGAUUGGUGCUGAAGACUGGACAAAAACCAUUGAAGCAAAUAAGAUAUUAGUGACACUUCAUUCGCUAUCACAAUGUUAAACAAUUUACCUAAUUUCGUUUGUCUAAAAAUUCUGAAAAGUAUGUUUUGAACUAUACAAUAUUAUCAUAUAAGAUUCAGUCAGUAUCAUCCUCCAGACACGAACUCAAUACACACUGACAGAAUUUGAACACUUUAUGUCUGUUAAAUUGAGCUGUCUAUAAAAAGGCGAUAAAUAACCGUAAAAUGUAUUUGCAUCAAUAAAAACUGUCAUGUAAUAAAAAUGCCUUGAGUGUGAACAUACUACUAACUAAAAACCAUUGUUAAUAUUUGAUAGUCAACAUUUGUUAACACACAGUUAUAUAAAUUCGAAAGUGUAAGAUACAGUUUCAGCACAUGUCGGAUAAGGUGUUAUCUAUUUUAUUUGUUGUUAUUUUCUCAUUUAAACUUGUAUUAAUUAUCUGUUAUUGGGGGUCGAUAAACAGAUAUUAUGUUUUACGUAUGUGAUACUGUCAUGAAACUACGCUUAUUUGAAGUAGAAGUUAUUUGUGGUCAUUCCACCAUGGAAUCGUUUAAGAACUAAUAAUUUGUUGCAGCAGUUUUGUUAUCAAGGUUCAGAGAGUAGUCUCCUUAAAACAAUGUCUACCAAUUCUACAAACAAAACACUCCGUUAUUAUCUCAAGAUUGGCUUAUCUAAUUCAUUGACCAAGUACAUGUUCAUGUACCCGGUUUUGGACCACACUCUUUAUAAGGUCUAGUAACACCAAUUAUUCGAAAGUUUGAGUGUGCUGCAUUGGCUUAUUAAUUGAAGCGAUCAUCUUCCAACCAGUGGAUCUCAAAUCUCGACGUCACUGCAUCUAGUUUAGUUUGACCAACUGGAUUGUAUCACUAGGUCUGAUGUAAAUGAUGUGGCUCAUAGUAGUAAUAUUACUAAUUGCAUCAAUAAAGUUUCAAAACAUAAUUGAAGAUUGAGUUGGCUUAGUAUGAUUUAAAGAAUGAGUUUGAACUUAUCAAGUUGAAUUUAAUGUACUGAUUCUAGUUAUUGUUUGGUAAAUCGGAGAGGGGUUCAAUCAUUAAUGAACCAUUAGUGUUGGUUCAAUGGACUGUUAUUCUCAGUCAAC